AUGUACGGCGUCUCGAACUCCAAACGAACCGUCGUCAUCGUCGCGUUCGCGAUUCAUUUGAUCUUUGUCCAUAGCGCGUUUGACGUGUUUUUUCAAUCACCCGUCGUUCCGGGCGUCGAGCGCUCUUUGGCGACGCACGCGGCGCCGGCGAAGCGUUUGGUGAUCAUCGUCGCCGAUGGCGCGCGCGCGGACGCGGUUUUUAGCGACGGACGGGCUAAACACGUGCAGCGGAGGGCGAGCGGAGGGCGGUGGGGCGUCUCGCACGCGCGGGCGCCGACAGAGAGUCGACCGGGACACGUCGCGCUGUUAGGGGGAUUCUACGAAGAUCCGAGCGCAAUCACAAAGGGAUGGAGCGCGAAUCCGGUGGAGUUCGAUCAUGUCGUGAAUCAGAGCUCGAACGCAUGGGCGUGGGGAGCGCCAAGCGUGGUGCCACUUUUCACGGACGGCGUCAAGAACGCACGUUCGUUCGUCUACGACGAGUCACUGGAGGAUUUUGCGAGUGCGAACGAUCAUGGAGCAUUAGAUGAGUGGGUAUUCGAGCGAGUGAUCGAUCACUUGAAGCGGGCGAACGCGAGCGAGAGCGAGGCAAUGAAUGGAGAUGGAAAUGUCUUCUUCUUGCACUUGCUCGGAUUGGAUUCAAGCGGUCACGCGCACAAACCGCAUUCGAAAGAGUAUUUUGAAAACGUUGGAAUAGUGGACGAGGGCGUGCGCAGGGUGGAAGAGGCGUUCGCGGAGAGGUUUGGGGAUGAUGGGAAGACAGCUUUUAUUCUCACGGCCGAUCAUGGAAUGUCAAACAAAGGCGCGCACGGCGACGGUGAUCCGGGAUGUACGGAGACACCCUUGGUAGUUUGGGGCGCAGGUGUGGCAAACGGGACGGGCAUAGUCAGAGGUUCGUGUCGUGGUGAGCCCGAAACGCCUCAAGAUUGGGGAGUGGAUCCGGCAAUGAGGUGCGACGUCGAUCAAGCAGAUAUCGCGCCUCUCGCCGCUACGCUCAUCGGACUCCCGCCACCAAGGCACAAUUUUGGUUUACUUCCGGGCGCUUACUUGAGUAAUGAGCCGGAAGAUUUGAGAUCUAAGGCGACGAUAGCGAACGCGGAGCAGUUACUCGCGCUUCACGAGCUCAAGGCUCACCGCACUGCAAAGCGAGCUCUCAGUGCUCUGUUUUCGCUCAAGCUGCAUCAGGACAUGAUCGGGAUAUCCGAGCGAGUCGCAAACUACAAUCGUCUCGCGGUGGAAGGUAAAUAUGAUGCAGCAACGCGUGAGGCGAACGGAGUCUCUCGCGCGUGUCUGACGGCAUUGGAUUAUUUGCACACCUACGACAGAGCUCUUUUGCAAAUUGUCGUCGUUGCGUGCUUCGUCACCUGGAUGGUCUUACUCGCAGUUAAUUUGCUUCCCAGACGUAAAGGCGACUCGGAGACACCGGCGGGGCUACCGCUCACGCUCGCCUGCGCGUACGGCGCCAUUUUGAGCGUCGUUCUCGUCGUGCGUCGUGCUCCGCCGACGUACGGUUUGUACUUCGGACUUCCGGCGUACUUUUCUCUAAGCAUCGUGAAUACGCUUUCUGCGGUCAAGUCAGAGAGUAUGGAAGAUAUUAAACUGCUCAAAAUCGUUUCUGGUGCCUUGGGUGCGUUCGCGGCCACGGAGACAAUAUGUAGAGGAUUUCAUGAUCGCAUCGUGUUCACAUAUGCUUUCACGUCGGCGGCGGUGCUCUUAGUCAUCCUCGCAAUAGGCUUGCUCGUUCGUGCAGACGUUGACAACGCGGUUCGCUCGUUAUUCAUGGCGCUGAGUACUUUAACAUUAUCUCGAUUCACGACGUUUUCGAUCGAGUUGGAGGCGAACACGUCGUUAAUUCUUUAUGGACUGUUGGCGAGCGCAGUCGUCGGCAUGGUGACGCAAAUUUUCCUCCGUCCGCUCGAUAUGUUUCAAGACGAUCGGGCGGAUGUGAACAAAGCCCGACCGGGCCGUGGCGUGUUCAUCACGCAAAUGGGAAUGUUAAUCGUCACCGCAGCUUUGGUUUUCGUCGUGGACGGCGCGCAGAGUGCCAAGCAGACCAUCCCAAUGUGGGCGCACAUCGCGUGCAGAAUCGUCGCCGCACUCUCACCGGUAUUGCCACUCUUCUCACCGCCGCGGACGCUUCCAAGAACAACGAGCGUCUUUCUCGGCUUUGCCCCGACGUACGCGCUGUUCUCUGUGUCCUACGAGUCGCUAUUCUACGCUUGCCUUGGGUUUUGCCUCAUAUGCUGGAUGGUUCUCGAGCGAGGCUUGCAGGCGCCUACGUCGGUGAGAUCGAAGAUGUAUACGCGGGAAAUCGCACCAGGGGACGUGCGUCACGCCGCUGUCUUUCUUAUUCUCAUUGAUGCCGCGUUCUUUGGCACCGGCAACGUCGCUUCCAUCGCAUCCUUCGACCUGAGCAGCGUGUACCGCAUCACAACACGCUUCAACCCGUUUGUGAUGGGCGCACUCGUCAUGCUCAAAGUGCUGAUCCCGAUGAUAACUGUCGCCGCAGCCUUCCUCGUCGUGCUCAAAUCUCAGCGUGCACCCGCAUUCGAGUCCUACCUCAUCUUUCUCAUCCUCUGCGACGUCGUCGCCGUGCGCUUCUUCUUUCAGAUCACCACUGUCGGCUCCUGGCUCGACAUCGGCUCCAGCGUCUCUCGCUUCGCCUUGAUGGGGACCCAAGUGGUGACGAUCCUCCCCUUCCUCGCCCUCGCCUCGCUCUUCACCGCGGACGUUCCCGUGAACGGUAAGUACAUCGCGAAAUCCAAGCGCGCGUAG